UUUAGAUUAUGUGUAUUGAUUAUUAAUUUUGGUAUUUAACUUUGCAAUUGGGCAAUAGGUUGAUUGAACUAAUAUUAUUUUAAAUUUUAUAUUUAUGACAAAUACUUCAAUUUUAUUUAAAAACUAAUUUAUUUAUUUAAAUAAAAUGGAAGAAAGUGAUUUAAGGCCUUGCGACGAUGUUGUCAUCCAGUCAGGAAACGCAACUGACAUUCUAAGGAACGGAUUCAAGAUGUUUCCAAUUAAGGAGGUGAAUAUGUUAAACACAUAUAUGGCCCAGGAAGCACAAAACGCUAAGAAUUUUAAAAAGGGAACAACAACGCUAGGGUUUAUUUUUGAUCACGGAGUUAUCCUUGCAGUUGAUAGUAGAGCGUCGAUGGGUCCAAUAGUAUCAACUCAGAGCGUCAGUAAAGUUAUUGAGAUAAACUCGUAUCUUCUGGGAACUAUGGCAGGUGGAGCUGCGGACUGUUCAUACUGGGAAAGACACCUAGCAAAGUUGUGCAGAUUACAUGAGCUUAGAAAUCAGUGUCGUAUCUCUGUUGGAGCUGCUUCUCAGAUCCUUGCUAACAUCUUUUACUAUUUCAAGGGUUACGGACUAUCAGCAGGCACAAUGAUCGCUGGAUAUGACUUGAACGGGCCUGGUCUAUACUAUGUCAGCAGUGAGGGUGAAAGGGUUAAGGGGAAGCUCUUUAGCGUAGGCUCCGGAUCAAUGUUUGCCUACGGUGUUAUUGACCAGGGAUAUCGAAGUGAUAUGUCACUUGAAGAGGCCGUAGAGCUUGGAACCAGGGCCAUUUACCAAGCUGGACAUAGAGACGGAUUCUCAGGAGGAUUUGUCAACUUAUAUCACGUUCACAAGGAUGGCUGGACUAAAUUGGUUGAUCGUCGUGAUAUUAAUGAGCUUCAUUAUCUAUAUGCCGAUAAGAAAGGAAUGCCUGGAGAUGCCAUGUAAUUAAUUUUUUUCCACUUAAUUUAAUGAUAUUACACUUAAUGUUAUUCUCUUCA